UAUUGUGGCCUUCUGGUCAACUCUAAUGUCACUUCAGCUUCUCAAAGUCUGAGCAGUCAGGGGUCCACACAGCUGCAGGAAAAUGGCACCAACAAAAAAGGGAAUCCUGGAGCGUCUGAACGCUGGGGAGGUUGUCAUCGGCGAUGGGGGUUUUGUAUUUGCUCUGGAGAAGAGAGGAUAUGUGAAGGCUGGACCCUGGACCCCCGAAGCUGCUGCAGAGUACCCUGAAGCAGUGCGUCAGCUGCACAGGGAGUUCCUUCGCGCUGGAUCCAAUGUAAUGCAGACCUUCACCUUCUACGCCAGUGACGACAAGCUGGAGAACAGAGGCAACAAGCUCAUAUUUACUGGCGCUCAGAUCAACGAGGCUGCCUGUGAUUUGGCCCGUGAGGUUGCCAAUGAGGGUGACGCUCUGGUUGCAGGUGGAGUAUGCCAAACUCCAUCCUACCUCAGCUGCAAGAGUGAGACAGAGGUGAAAUCCAUCUUCAAGAAACAGUUGGAUGUGUUCAUCAAGAAGAAUGUGGACUUCCUGAUUGCUGAGUACUUUGAGCAUGUUGAAGAGGCUGUGUGGGCCGUGGAAGCGCUGAAGCAGACAGGGAAACCCGUGGCUGCUUGUCUGUGCAUUGGGCCUGAGGGAGACAUGCACGGUAUCUCACCAGGAGAGUGUGCUGUCAAGCUGGUAAAAGCUGGUGCCCAGAUUGUGGGAGUCAACUGCCACUUUGACCCACUGACCUGUGUGAAAACUGUCAAGAUGAUGAAGGAGGGAGUGGAGAAGGCCGGGCUGAAGGCUCACUACAUGGUGCAGCCGCUGGCAUACCACACUCCAGACUGCAACUGUCAAGGAUUCAUCGAUCUGCCAGAAUUCCCCUUCGGUCUGGAGCCCAGGAUCCUGACCCGCUGGGAUAUGCACAAGUACGCCAGGGAAGCCUACAAUGCUGGCAUCCGAUUCAUUGGUGGCUGCUGUGGAUUUGAGCCGUAUCACAUCAGGGCUGUGGCUGAGGAGCUCGCCCCUGAAAGAGGCAUCCUCCCUCCUGCAUCAGAGAAACAUGGAUUGUGGGGUUCUGGUCUGGAGAUGCACACCAAGCCCUGGGUCAGGGCCAGAGCCCGUCGUGAUUACUGGGAGAACCUGAAGCCAGCGUCUGGUCGUCCUGUCUGUCCUUCUAUGUCGAAUCCUGAUGGCUGGGGCGUUACCAAGGGCCAUGCUGAUCUCAUGCAGCAGAAAGAGGCCACCUCCAAGGACCAACUCAAACAGCUGUUCGAAAGGUCAAAGGCCCACUGAUUCAAUCCAUCUCCUUCACACUUUGCAGAAGACCUGAGUCAAACAGUUGUGCUUUGGAGCUACUGACACAGUGGUGUACACUUUCUCUAUACAGUGCUGCACAUAACAAACUUAACGUGAAGCAGCAAAAUCUCACUUGAGACUCUACAGUUCUGUACAUCUGUUGAUUGUAACCCUGAGGCCACAAUGUCUCACAGUGUCAGGAGUUUGCCCAUGUUUGUUGCUAUAGGGACCUGUUUGUUUUCCAUGAUCCUGGACAAGUUUGAUUAAUAAAACAAGAUCCAAUA